UGACCUCAUGCUAUCUCCAAUCUAGGCUGCAGACAGGUAUGCGGGGUGCCUUUGGAAAGCCCCAGGGCACAGUAGCCAGGGUCCACAUUGGCCAAGUCAUCAUGUCCAUCCGUACCAAGCUGCAGAACAAGGAGCAUGUGAUUGAGGCCCUACGCAGGGCCAAGUUCAAGUUCCCUGGCCGCCAGAAGAUCCACAUCUCCAAGAAGUGGGGCUUUACUAAGUUUAAUGCGGAUGAAUUUGAAGACAUGGUGGCUGAAAAGCGGCUUAUCCCAGAUGGCUGUGGGGUCAAAUACAUCCCUAAUCGUGGCCCCUUGGACAAAUGGAGGGCUCUGCACUCAUGAGAACCUCGGCACUGCCCCCCCCGACUCAUGCACACCAAUAAAACCUACUUCCUG